AUGCCUGUGAUGAAGGGGCUCUUAGCCCCUCAGAAUACCUUCCUGGACACCAUCGCCAAGCACUUUGACGGCACCCACAGUAAUUUUCUGUUGGGAAACGCUCAGGCCAGUCGUGGUUAUCCCAUCGUGUACUGUUCAGAUGGGUUCUGUGAACUGACUGGCUUUGCACGAACUGAGGUCAUGAAGAAAACAUGUACGUGUCACUUUCUACAUGGUGAGGAAACAAGUGAGAGAGUAAAUCAGCUAGUGCAGAAGACGCUGGAAGGCCAUAAUGAGUACCAGGCUGAAGUCCGCUACUACAAAAAAAAUGGAACUGCAUUUUGGUGCUUGUUGGACAUUGUGCCAAUUAAGAAUGAAAAAGGAGAGGUGGUGCUUUUUCUCUUCUCCUUUAAAGACAUCAGUGAUACAUAUGGCAAGACUGACCAGUGCUCCAGGGUACACGAGGACGACUCUCAAAACCAGAAGUCCGGCGGCUCCCAUCUUAGUCAUGCACGUGAGCAAGGGCGGAGCGUCUUUUACCACCUGACCAGUCAGUUCACCAAUAGAAGCAAAGACAAACUGUCAAAUAAUGUCUUCCCGAAGCCAAGUCUGCCUGAAUACAAGGUUGCAUACCUCCAUAAGUCCCGCUUCAUCCUGCUUCAUUACAGCAUGUGCAAAGCCUUGUGGGACUGGUUGAUCCUCCUUGCAACGUUCUACGUGGCCAUCACAGUUCCCUACAACGUGUGCUUCUCUGCCCCAGACGACAGUAACCAUGACGACCCAGAGUGUGACUUCACCUACAGGAUCACUAUAGUAAGCGAUAUAGCCGUGGAGAUGCUCUUCAUUCUCGAUAUCAUCUUGAAUUUCCGCACAACAUAUGUGGGGCCUACAGGUCAGGUGGUGUACGAUGCCCACUCCAUCUGUCUUCACUAUUCUACCACCUGGUUCAUCGUGGACCUUAUUGCUGCCUUUCCAUUUGACCUGCUCUACGCAUUCAACAUCCCAGUGAAAUCUUUGGUGCAUUUGCUGAAGACAGUGCGUUUACUGCGGUUGCUGCGUCUGCUACAGAAGGUGGACAGAUAUUCUCAGUACAGCGCUGUGGUGCUCACACUUCUCAUGUCUGUCUUUGCUUUGCUGGCCCACUGGCUUGCGUGCAUCUGGUAUGUCAUUGGACGCAAGGAGCUCGCCAGCAAUGACCCACUGACCUGGGACAUCGGCUGGCUGCAGGAACUGGGAAAGCGUUUGGAGACUCCUUACACGAAUGGCACAGUUGGCGGCCCCUCCAUGCGCAGCGCCUACAUCGCCUCGCUCUAUUUCACCCUUAGCAGCCUGACCAGUGUGGGCUUUGGCAAUGUCUGUGCCAACACUGAUGCUGAGAAGAUUUUCUCCAUCUGCACCAUGCUCAUUGGGGCUCUGAUGCACGCUGUUGUGUUUGGCAAUGUGACUGCGAUCAUCCAGCGCAUGUACUCCCGCCGCUCCCUGUACCACACGCGCAUGAAGGACCUGAAGGACUUUAUCCGUGUGCACCACCUGCCUCAGCAGCUGAAGCAGCGUAUGCUGGAGUACUUUCAGACCACAUGGUCGGUCACCAAUGGCAUCAACGCUAAUGAGCUCCUGCACGACUUUCCUGAUGAGCUGAGGGCCGACAUCGCCAUGUACCUUAACAAAGACAUCCUGCAGCUGCCCCUCUUUGCCUCCGCCAGUAGAGGAUGCCUGCGCUCGCUCUCCCUGCACAUCAAGACUUCCUUCUGUGCACCGGGUGAAUACCUGAUCCGACAUGGAGAUGCUCUAAAUGCUCAUCACUUCGUCUGCUCAGGGUCCCUAGAGGUGCUCAAGGAUGGCAUGGUGCUGGCCAUACUGGGUAAGGGAGAUCUGAUUGGAGCAGACCUGCCUGGGCAAGAUCAGGUGAUUAAAGCUAACGCUGAUAUAAAAGCUCUGACCUACUGUGACCUGCGGUACAUCAGUAUAAGAGCGCUGCGGGAGGUGCUUGAACUUUAUCCUGAAUAUGGCAGCCGCUUCAAUGAGGACAUCCAUCACAACCUCACCUACAACCUCAGAGAGGGUCAGACCCAAUUUCCUCGAUCUCCUAGAAUCUUACAGGAUCGCUCAGACUCCAUCCUUAACCCGAAGUUGCCUUUCAUCGUGGAGGCAGAGGAAGAGGACGAUGCAGGACAGGAUUUAGGCAGGCAGCCCUUGCUCUCUCAUGCUCCCGAAAGCUCAUCACAGUCCACGCUGAGUGCCAUGCUGGGGGAGGAGCUACGACAGUUUGGCAUGCUCCGUCUCUGCCGCUCUCCAACCCAGGGCUACCGAGGACGAAGCCCUUCACCUCAACCACCGGCCAGUGAGGAGCUGUGCGCCCCUGUGAUUGACACAGGCCAAGUCCACCGACCGGCCAAGCUGCUGAUCCCUUCCCUCAACUGUGUGAGCCCACUGGACCUGAGUCCCAGGGUUGUAGAUGGCAUAGAGGAUAAUGAACAUGCCUUUCAUUUUAACGUGGAGACUAAUGAGGUCACGAACCAACAGGUCAAAGAUUCCUAUCAGGUGAAUGCAAAUCUUUUACUGGAGACUGAAGAAGUUAGACAAAACAUCUCCCAGCUCAGCACAGAGAUGAGUCGCUUAAAUCAGGAGGUGUCCAAUCUGGCUAAAGAGCUGCAUGAGAUGAUGCACUUUCUUCAUACCCACAUGAACACACAGCACUUCCUAUCCCCUCUUCCUCCAUACUCAUCUUUUAGUAGUACCAACCUGACCCAGCCUCCUUCCAACUGGUCCUCUGGGACACCCUUUAACCUGGCAACAGCUCCCAUCUGUGGGUGUGGAAGAGGCUCCGUGCUGGGACAGGAAGUAGAAGUGGAUCAUGUCCAUCCCCCUGACAGUCCUCCACACAGCACCUGUACCCACUCCCAAUGCUUCUCUGACCAAGAAAGACUUUCCACUUUGGGACUAGAGAGUCAGCCAAGCUCCUUUCAAACGUCCAGAUCAACUCCAAACUCACCGUGCUUGAGUCACCCAGCUGGUCAGGCAGUGUCCUGUCUCCUAAGUUUGGCUCCAAAUUUCAAUACGAUUUCCAGACCUGGCAUGAUGGCACCUGAAACUAUCCUAACAAACUCUCCAAACAAAAGUCAUUGCUCCCACAGCAGCCUGAGUCAUUCCCACCCAUCUCUGAGCCUGCAAACUAACCCGGACCUCACCUGCCAACACUCAGCACCCAUCCACAUCUCUCUUACACCGACCGGCCAAUCACAACCUCUCACUGUGGUCAGUCCACUUCUGCAUGCUGAAAUUUGUAGUUCAAGCUUGUUGCACAUACCAACAGGGCCAAGACAGAAUGACCUGGUGGGCUCGAGUCCUGUUCACAUGCGCGAACCCACCUCCACGUCCACAUGAGAAACGAGAGAAAAUG